AUGGUCAUGGAGACCCUCCUGUUGAGUCACAAGGUUCAGAAAGGACUCCCUUGCUUUCUAAACUCCUCAGAGAGGAAUCUAGGUGUGGCUGGAUCCAAUCCUAGUCCUAGACUUAGUCAGCAGUUUGUGUCUAAAGGAUUAUAUGUGUGCACAAUCAAUCCUUUAUAUCACGUAGCUAAGAAUGCAAACCGAGAAUCUGUUGUGGCAAGGAAUCUCUUGACCUCGAGUGGUAACCUUGAGAGGAGUCCCUACUCAAGGGGAGAUCCUGGCAUGCAGCCUGCUGUCAUUUCAGCAGAGCUCAAGGGGCUCUCGCACUGCUCAGUAUUCAUGAGGUACUUUGUGCUGGACUUUGAGACGGGGAUUCUGCAGUAUUUUGUGAAUGAACAAAGUAAAAACCAGAAGCCGCGAGGAACCUUGUCUUUAGCUGGAGCUAUAAUAUCACCCAGCGAUGAAGUGCCGCACAUGUUGGUGGUGUACUCUGCCAGUGGCGAGAUGUACAAGUUGAGAGCUGCUGAUGCAAAGGAGAAACAAUACUGGAUAACUCAGCUUCGAUCCUGUGCCAAACAUCACAAGGAAGGUAAUUCUAAGAGCGUUUCAUCACGAAGUAGAAGCUCAUCUCUGCUGCCGCCUGGAACAGUUAAUUCCGCAUCUCCUAGUGGCCAGAAACAUAUGAAUCAAAGUGGGCCAACUGUUGUGACCAUCACGCAUCACAAAUCACCUGCAGCUGCUCGAAGAGCGAAGAGCCAGCGUUCUGGUCAACUCCAUGAAGUCAGAGAGAUGAUGAGCCAAGCUGAGGGCCAACAGAAGAAUCUCGUACAAGCCAUUGAAGCUCUCCCAAGUUCUGGACCCCUUUCUGCCUUGGAUCAGGACUUGCUGCUUUUAAAAGCUACCUCUGCUGCCACCCUGAGCUGCCUUGGAGAAUGCCUGACUCUGUUACAGCAAAGCAUGCAUCAAGUGGCCCAACACCAUAACAGGUCACUGUCAUCAGAAGGUAUCCUGGGAUGGCCUGGGCCCAAGUCACACUCCACAGAGCAACUGAAAAAUGGUGCCCUCAGCUCCUUAUCCUCUGCUAGUGCCAACCUCACGUGGGCAAUAGUACCUUCUGCAGUCCAGGAUGGACAGGCACUGCAACCGAAUACAGAGCAUUCAGCUUCUGAGUUGAUCCUAGUUGAAGACGAAAUGACAGAUACUGAGGAUAAUGAAGAGGAGGAUUUAGGAGUCCUGGAUGAUCAACGUAGUGUAAUUCUCCAUCUCAUCUCUCAGCUCAAACUUGGCAUGGACCUUACCAGG